GCCACCCUCGGCACAAAUGUCACAGGAAAGAGACGAGAGAAGAAGCCAUGAACAUGGCGAGCUCCCAGUGCUGCGCCAACCCGCCGACUCUAAGCCCUGCCUGUGGCGACGGCAUCGUCGUCGACGACCUCGGCGGCGUCAGGGCGUACACCGCCGGCUCCCCUAACUCCAAGCUCGCCGUUCUCCUCAUCUCCGACAUAUUCGGAUUCGAAGCGCCGAAUUUGAGGAAAAUUGCAGAUAAAAUUGCCACCUCAGGUUUCUUUGUCGUGGUACCAAAUCUCUUAUAUGACGAUCCCUAUUCAGCUGAUAAUCCUGAGAGGCCUAUUUCGAUUUGGAUACAGUCUCAUUCCCCGGACAAAGGCUGUCAAGAUGCAAAACCAAUUAUUGCAGCUCUAAAGAACAAAGGCAUAUCUGCAGUUGGGGCCGCUGGCUUCUGCUGGGGAGGCAAAGUUGUCGUGGAAUUAGCAAAGUCCAGUGAGAUUGAAGCUGCUGUCCUUUGCCAUCCUUCUUUUGUAAAUAUUGAUGAUAUGAAGGGUGUUAAAUGUCCUAUUUCAAUACUUGGGGCUGAGAAUGACCAUAUUUCUCCGCCGGAACUGUUGAAGCAGUUUGAGCAGGCUUUAUCUUUAACAUCUGAGGAAAGACACAUUGUAAAGAUAUUUCCUGGGGUUGCUCAUGGAUGGACUGUCAAACACAAAGCCGAUGAUGCUGCAGCUGUUAAGCGCGCUCAAGAGGCACAUCAGGACAUGCUGAACUGGUUUACGCAACACGUCAAGAAAGAAUAUGUGAACUAAAAUACUUCUUAUUCACUCAAUGGUCUCGUCGGACUGUCUAUUAAGAUGUAAUUCAGACCUUGUGUUGAAACUUAUGGUUGUUGCUUUGGAAGAUGGAUGUUCUUCCUGACUCGUUGAAACUACUAGUAAAUUCUGAAGAUUUGGUUUUAAUUACUA